CCACUCUUUGAGUUCUAUUGAAGCAAAACUGAAAACUAAAACAUUGACCUGCUAGCAGUUUUGCUAAAGGAAAAACCAUAGCCGUUUAAAUAAUAUGACGCUUCUAGACCGCGUCAAGAAAAAGGUUGGGAGUCGCAGAGAAAAGAGAGUGGAGCUCGGCUCGCCCGCGUCGUCUGUUAAAUUGGAGCAGACCUCCGCCUCGGCGCCUGUGUCCCCGGAAGUGCGUACUAAACUACCACCUGAGCGAGCUGAGCCGUCAGAGACACAAUCACCGAGUCGCCCACAGUCGCCGAGCCACCCCUCCACGACGACGCUAUCAAUCCGGCCUGCGGAUCAACUGAGUGCCUCUGCUACCCCCUCGACGAGCGACAGCCUCGAUCUAUGGAAAUCGGCUUAUGAUCAAUUCCGAAAGGAAGGUCCUCAAGAACUGCUACUUGCCUAUGAUACGCACGUGCUUGGUAGCGCUCCAGUAGAUACAGAUCUCUCAAGCCGAGAGUCUAUCGAAACAGCGCUAGAGAAGCUAUUAAAGGACCGAGAAAAUAGGCAAUGGAAGGUUUCAAUCCGAGGCCGCGAUGUCAAUAUACGAGCGCAGGUUAUAAGGUUGACUAAAAUCCUUGAAUGGUCCGAUCCAUUGGUUAAAAGCGCCGUGAGCACUCAACCCUACGCGGCACUGGCGUGGUCUGGUGUUUCAUUACUUUUCCCGCUCCUUACAAGCGGUACCACGGAGAAUGAAGCAAUGCUAGAGGGAUUCAGCUCGAUCGGUGAACUCCAGCAGUUCUGGCAGAUCCAGGAGAAGACAUCCCUCCAAUCCAAACAUCAACAUCACUAUCAAAGUCUCACUGAACGCUUGGUCAAAUUAUAUUCACUGUUCUUCACGUACCAGGCUUAUGUUAUAUGCCACCUCUCCAAAUCGCAAUUCUCGCGCGCAUGGGGAGAUCUGAGCAGUCCUGGAUUUUGGAAAAGUAAGGUAGAGGAGAUUGAUAGCUGGAGCGAAAAUUGCAGCAGGCUCAUUGGUGUAUCCCGUGAAAGCGAAAUUCAAGAGAAUAGGGAUAGCUUACUACAAGGGAUACAGAAUCUACGGGAGAGCAAUGAGCGGCAUAUCAGAGAUGAGCAGGAAACAAGACUUCUUGGAGACUUGGCAGAGGCAGCAGGAGACUAUGAAAGAUACAAGGAUCUCAACCCAAAAAGGGUUCCCGGCACCUGCGAGUGGUUUCUGAAGGAUGACAGAUUUCGCAAGUGGCGCGAUAAUACAACUUCUAGUCUGCUUUGGGUUUCAGCAGGACCGGGACGUGGCAAGUCAGUCUUGUCAAAAUGUCUUAUUGACGAGAAUCAACUGGCCAUUACUACGAUAACUAUUACGUCAUUUUCUAAUGAACCUGCUACUGGCAGACAGUCAACUAUAUGCUACUUUUUUUUUAAAGAUGGCGGAGAUGGCCCCAUGGAUAGUGCUCAAGCGUUGUGUGCAGUAUUACACCAACUUUUCUCUUGCCAUUCCACCUCUAGACUGAUCAAGUAUGCGCUUGAGAGCUACAGGAACCAUGAACGAACUCUCACUAAGAAAGCGUCUGAGCUGUGGAAAAUCCUAUUAGCUUGCGCCACAUCUCUAGAUUCUGGUGAAAUCAUCUGCGUCCUUGAUGCCCUAGACGAAUGUAAGAACGAAAGCGGGCAGAAACUUAUCAAGACACUAGAAGAGUUCUAUUCUCGAAGUGCGAGGCCAUUGACGAAUGACUCGAAGCUCAAGUUUCUUGUGACGAGUCGUCCAUAUGAUAAUUUGGAGAGUUCUUUUAGAAAAUUCCCCAAAGCUGUUUAUUUACGAUUCGAUGGUGAUGACAAGUCAAAGGAAAUCCAGAAGGAGAUUGAUCUUGUUAUCGACUAUAGAGUGCCACAUAUAACGUCUGGCUUCGCCGACACGGAUCAGCAAAAGAUCGGUGAAUGCCUUAAGAGCAUGGAGCAUCGUACAUACCUCUGGCUACAUUUGACGUUCGAUAUUAUCGAGAAGCGCCCUAGUGAGUAUAGUAGGGCGCUUGAUAUUGAAACGCUAUUGUCUAGUCUGCCAUCCCAAGUAUCUGACGCAUACGAAAAGAUCCUAAGCAGGAGCACGAACCAAUCAUGGACGAAGAUUAUCCUCCAAAUCAUACUAGCUGCUACACGGCCUUUGACUCUCGACGAAACGAAUGUUGCGCUGGCACUAGCUAUUCGAAAGGAAGAACCGGAGUCACAAACGAAACUCAAGUCGGAACUAUGGCCAGCGGACAAAUUCCAAAGCGUUGUCACAAAUCUUUGCGGCCUUUUUGUUAGCGUCUACGACUCAAAAUUGUCGCUUAUCCACCAGACGGCAAGGGAGUUGCUAAAAGAGGCCAUGAAAAGGUUGUUGAGGUGCUUCUAAAGAAUGGAGUAAAUAUAAGAGGCGAAGGAUGAUCAUGGGCAGACGCCACUAUUACUAGCUGCCAAAAGAGGCCAUAAAGCCGUUGUUGAGCUACUACUGAAGAAUGAGGCAGAUAUAGAGGCAAAAGAUGAUAAUGGGCAGACGCUACUAUUACUAGCUGCUAAAGGAGGCCAUGAAGCUGUUGUUAAGCUACUACUGAGGAAUGAGACGGAUAUAGAUACAAAGGAUGGUUAUGGGCAGACGCCACUAUUACAAGCUGCUUGGAAUGGAAGCAUGGUCACCAUUAAGCUGUUGCUUGAGGGGGGGGCUGAUAUAGAGGUGCAGGAUGGUAGCGACUGGACACCGUUAACGGUAGCUAUUACCAUGGGACACAAAGCCAUCGUUAAGCUGUUGCUCGAGGAGGGGGCUAAUAUUGAAGUGAAGGGUGAUAAAGGUCAGAAGCUACUAUUACUAGCUGCUAAAAAAGCCUACGACGCCAUUGUUGCGCUGUUGCCCGAGGAGGGCGUUGAUACCCUGAUUGCAGAUAUGGAAAGUCAUGAGGCCAUCGUCGAGCUGUUGCUCGAGAUGGGGGUCAAGGUAGAGGUGCAGGAUUUUAUUGACCAGACACCGGUAUCGGCGGAUACUGUGAAGGCGCGCGAAGCCGUCGUCCAGUUGCUACUCUCGGCGGCAGAGGAAAAUAGUACAGAAUAGCACCAUUGCUCUCGGCCUCUACUUGAUAUCGGGCCCAAGUAGCAAUAGCUAAUGGAGAAUCUAGGGAGGAGUUGCCUUUCUUAACCUUUAAAAAUUGUUAGGCUAGAAAUUGUCGAUUGAUAUAUGUCGUUGCCAAUUUUAUGUGUUCUCAAAGCCUCGAU